AUGGGGGCCUGCUAUGGCUAUGGCUCUGGUUAUGGCUGUGGGUGUGGCAGCUACCAUGGCCUAGGCUAUGGUUUGGGCAGCUAUGGCUAUGGAGGCCUGGGCUAUGGUAGCUAUGGAUAUAGAGGCCUGGGCUAUGGUGGCUUUGGCUAUGCUUGCUGCCACCCAUCUUACUACAGAAGCUACUAUGGAGGUCUGGGCUAUGGCUAUGGCUCUGGGUAUGGCUGUGGAUGUGGACGCUUCUAUGGCCUAGGCUAUGGCUGUGGGGGCUGUGGCUAUGGCUAUGGAGGCCUGGGCUAUGGUGGCUAUGGCUAUGGUGGCUAUGGCUAUGGCUGCUGCCGCCCAUCUUGCUAUGGAAGAUAUUAUUCCUGUGGCUUCUACUGA